AAAGCGUGGGUGAGGGAGGGAAAGAAGGAGGGAGGGAGUAAAAUAGAGAAAGAGAGAGAUCAGAGAAAGUAGGAGAGGGAGGGAAAGAGAAGAAGAGAGGUUUGGAGUGAGAGAGAGGGAGAGAGAGAGUGGACGGUAUGAAUUCCUAUUUCACCAACUCGUCCCUCUCGUGCCACUUAACCGGAGCUCACGAGGUUUUGCCUAACGUGGCCCUGUCCAACUCGAGCACCUACGACCCCGUGGUCCGCCAUUUCCCAUCGUCCUAUGGCGCCGCUAACCGGAUGUACCGCGCGCCGUUCUACCCGCCGCAGGAAGACGUGAUGUUCGGCGCGAGCCGCGCACCGUACGACUACGGCUCCAACGCGUUUUACUCGGACAAAGACGCGAUUUCCGGUUGCAGACAAAGCUUCGCGCAGGACUUCACAACUUCACCGUCAUUAGAGCAAUGCAGAAGCGCGUGCCAGGAUCCAAAAAGCAGCAGCAUACAGAUUUAUCCCUGGAUGCAAAGGAUGAACUCGCACAGUGGUGUUGGUUACGGCUCUGACAGGCGCAGGGGUCGUCAGAUUUAUUCUCGAUACCAAACACUGGAGCUGGAGAAAGAGUUUCACUACAACCGAUAUUUAACACGGAGAAGAAGAAUCGAGAUCGCCAACACGCUGUGUCUAACCGAGCGACAGAUUAAAAUCUGGUUUCAGAACCGCAGGAUGAAAUGGAAAAAAGAGAACAAUCUGACCUCCACUCAAAACGAACAGGAAACACGGAAAGAGGAUACAGAAGGAUCCACUAAUGACACUAAGGAGUAGAUUUUUUUUGUUGCAUCAGGCACGUUGUAUAUACAUGAAACUACCUAAAAAAGUGCCAUAAUUAUGUAUGAUAUUUCAUGCAUAUGUAUAUUGAAAAAUAUGUUAAGAAACUACCUA